AUGCGCAGUUUCCAUGAGCAUUUAGAGGAUGAAGAAAAGAGUCUGGGAGAAGAGGUAAUGGGUUUAUGGGAGAGGGACAUGCAUUUGGUGGACGAUCUAAAUGAGAGCCUUCAUUCUCAAGAUGAACUGAAGAAGCUGAAUCAAGAUCAUCAAAUUAAGGCUGAUGAUGCAAUCAGUCAGCACCUAGAGCUAGAUAACGAACUGGAAGAAAAAUUCCAUCAGUUUGAAUCCUGGAAGUUUGAUAUACCAAAAAGGAAUAUCAAUUGGAAAUUGCCUUUUCGGACAAGGAUGUGUGCAUCAAAUUGCUCGAGGAAGAGCUUUCCAUCCACAAUGCCCUUAUUUUUUAGAAAAAUGCUCAAAUUACAUCCCUGGGCGAGUUCCACGCCUCGGCCAAGCAAGAUGCAUUGA